AUGCAUGCUCGUUGGGUGAGUUUUCUGCAGAAAUUCCCUUUUAUCAUACAACAUAAAUCUGGUGUGCAGAAUAAGGUGGCAGAUGCAUUAAGUAGGAGAGCUUCCUUACUCAUCACACUAGCUCAGGAGAUUGUGGGUUUUGAAUGUUUAAAGGAGUUGUAUGAGGAUGAUGCGGAGUUUAAGGUGUUAUGGGUAAAGUGUAGCAAGGGGCAGCCUAGUGCAAACUUCCACAUUCGAGAUGGGUACCUUUUUAGGGGUGACCAGUUGUGUAUUCCUUGUUCGUCCCUAGACGAGAAAUUGAUCAGAGAUCUUCAUCCGGUGGUCUUGGAAGACAUUUGGGGCGGGACAAAACUAUUGCUGGUUAAGAAGAGAGGUUUUAUUGGCCUCACUUGA